UCUAGUUUAUCGUACAUUUUACCUCGCAAGUGCAUUCCAUCGGAGUGGUGCAGUGUUAAAUAUUAUUGAUAAUGUCAAAAAAACAAAAAAGAGUUUUAUUGUUUCCAGCGGCCAUGUUCAAUUUUAUGAAGAAAACGACAGGUCUAGCCGUUGGAGAUACUGGCAAUUGCGAAGAGCGGGAUGGAGAGAAAGAGCGGAGAAAAAGAGAGAAAAAGGAACGAAAAGAGAGGGAGAAAAGAGAACGCAUUGCAGCCGGGUUGGAGGAGCCGUUAAGGCUUGAAGAGGUGCGACGCUCGCUGAAAUUACGGGGUAGACGUAAAGAAAAGGAGAAACUACCCUCCGGCAUUACAGCUGAUUACACUGCAUCAUUGUUUGCUCAUCUAGAACAAGACUCCAAUUAUUCAAAUUACCCACUGAUACCUACCUCUGGAUCAAAUUCCAACCUUAGCGAUGAAAACAACCACUUGUCACCCGGAUAUCCUGCUACACACAACUGGAAUAAGAAAGAUACAAUAUUACAAUCAGACAGUUCCGAAACAUCUUUAAAUUCCUUGAAUAAUCCAAAUAACGCGAACACCAGUCCUCGACAACCACCAAGUCUACCUCCAAUACCGCCGCGACCGCCUAAACGAGGUAUCCUUAAAGGACCUCGUUUGAGCAAUACUAGUUCUAAUUCUCAAGAAAGCAAUGUUCAAAAUGCUGAUACAGUAGAUUACAUAAAUGGCCAAGAUCCAAAUUUAUUGGCACGAAACACGCAGCAAAAUGAACUAAUUUCAUAUGGCAUCCCACCGUCAAAAAGCACUUCAUCUAGCGAUGAUAUGCAACAAUUACAGAAUUUUACCAAAAAGGUUAUUCAUAGCCCUGUGGAAAACCAAUAUAAAAACUAUAAAAAUAAUUCUAGCAAUCCUUCCAUCGUCACACAGGAUGUUGAUGAAGUGCCUAAAACAAAUGGAAACAGCUACCUUGGGGUUACAUCUACGUCUCCUAGUGCCGAUUCCUUAACCGACACUACUACAAAUUCUUCAUUUGCUACUCCACCAUUUUCUACCUCACCUGUUGGCGAAUCACAGGGAUUCCAUAGAUGGUCUAGGACAAGUAAUUUUGAAGAUGUUUAUUUGCCUCUCCCGCCACUGACUUCAUUGAAACUACCAAAACCCAGAAUUCUUACAAUUCAAAGGCAGAAAGCUCCAAGAAAUGAUUUUGGAUUUAGUCUUAGACGAGCAAUGGUGCAAGAGAGAAUAUUUAUUGGAGAGACGAAAGAACUUAAUGGUCACGAAGAGAAUGGUCUGACCAAUGGUGAGAAUAAAUACAAUGGUAACAUUACUAAUGGAUUUAUAAGUAAAUUGACACACAAAGCUGUGAUACUGGCGGAACCAGGUUCAUAUCCUGGAGCCAGUGAGACUGGACUGCUUCCCGGUGAUAGAUUAUUGGAAGUAAAUGAUGUCAACGUAGAAGGAAAGAGCAGAGAAGAGGUUAUCGACCUUAUCAAGAGUAGUCAAGAUUCAGUAACCAUCAAGGUGCAACCAAUAGCGGAGUUGUGCGAGUUAUCGCGCAGGCGUGCUGCCGACGGUGGUGGCGACGUGGAACUCUCCGACAGCAACGUUCGAGGAGGCACUCUAAGCCGUUCUGGCAGUCGGCGGUUCACAUCCACUCAGGCGAAGUCUGAAGAGCAAUUGGCAUGCGAGAAAGAAUGGCUUCAAACUGGACACAUGUGGUUGGCACACCGAGGUGGCUUCACGGCUGUGGUCAGAGAAGGCGACGCAGACGCCGGCAGGGCGAAAGUUCGAGUAAUCCAGACUGGCGAGGUGAUCACCGUUGAUGAAGAUGAUUUGGAAAAGGCGAACCCGCCUCAGCUGGAGAUGUGCGAGGACAUAGCUUCUCUUCGUUGCCUGAACGAGUGCGGUGCCCUCAACGUACUUCGUUCUCGGUAUGCUGCCGGUCUACCGCAUGCUCGCGCAGGCCACGCGCUCUUGGUACUGGGACCACCGAAGCGCACCGCACCUAUUUAUACUGAAAAGGUGGCUGCGAUGUUCCGUGGAUGUCGCGCAGACGACAUGCCGCCUCACGUGUUCGCCGCUGCGCAGUCGGCUCACCGCUGCAUGCUCGCUUCACGACGCGACAGGGCCAUCGUUUUUCUCGGAAGGUCUGGUUCUGGUAAGACGUCGGCAAUGCGUCACUGCGUUUGGUACCUGGCAAGCACGUAUCCAGCUCAGGGCUCCAAGCUCACGCCCGAACGAUUCGACGCGGCGUUCGAUGUGCUCCAUACCUUUGGAUCCUCUCGCACGGGCUCGAAUACCCAUGCGUCCCGCUUCGUCUCGCUGACGUCACUCGACUUUGACGGCGGCGGUGCGCUCGUCUCCGCAUCCGUACAGACGCUGCUGCCGGAUCUUAGGCCGGGACAAGCUCCGCUAAGAGCGCUACACACAUUAUUCCACGGCUGCGACGGUCGCCUCCGCCGCGAGUUGCUGCUCGACCAAGCACCAGUCAACGCUCCGAACCCAUUCAUCAGCUUUAGCGAUAAAGCAGACGCACCCACUGAGUUCUCAGCGUUGAAAGAAGCGAUGCAAUUACUGAAUAUCACCGAGCAAGAAGAGAUGGCGGUGUGGAAGAUAUUGGCCGUCAUUUGUCAUUUGGGAUGGGCCGGUGCAGUGAAAGCGAGCACGGGAGCAAGCUCGCGGUACCAGUUCGCAAGUACCGGUUGCGGGCAGCGUGCGGCGCGGCUGCUGUCCGUGGGCGCGGACGAGCUCGCUCGUGCUAUAUUCGCGGGUGCCGUGCCCUCCUCGCCGCAGAACAAUUCCACAUUGAGAACGCCAUCGCCAUCAAACGAAAGGGAAGUGUCAGGCACGGAAGCACUCGACGCGUUCGUCACUGGCCUCUACAACGAGACGUUUAACAUUAUUGUCUCGCUUGUCAAUAGGAGCGUGUCGACGUCGAGCCGGACGUCCGCAUCGCUGCUACUGCUUGACGCGCCCGGCGCUGACAACCCUAUGUGUGCCGGACAGCAAAGCGGCGCCCCUCUGUCCAAGCUGCUCUCCAACUACUUACAGGAACGACUGCAAGCGGUCUUUCAUGAAGCGAUGUUGGUUGCACCGCGGGAGCGCUACUCGCAAGAAGGGAUCACACUUGACGAUGGCGCAGAGGAAGAUUGGUUGUCGGAGACCGUGAACCCCGGACCGAUGGUGGAGCUGCUCGACAAAUCGCCACAAAACACAAUCGUACGAAGCUCGCAGACAGAUUUACGGGAGUGCGAUCGUCGUGGUCUUCUAUGGCUCCUGGACGAGGAAUCAAUGUACCCGGGCUCUUCAGACGACACGUUCUUGGAGCGAGUGAUGACGCACUACGGCGCGCCGCACCAUACGCACUACCUCAUCAAGAAGGCGCCGCACGCGCGACAGUUUGUCCUCCAACACCUGCAGGGUACCAAUCCGGUGUUGUAUGACGUCACUGGCUGGGUUAAAGCGAGCCGAGAAAAAUGUGACAGCGAGGAGAUAAUCCGGCUGUCGUGCAUGGCGCGAGGCGCGGCGGGCGGCGGCGCGGGCUGGGCCGCAGCCGGUGACGCCAGUACGCUGCGUCGGGCCUCCUCCAUACGCCGCACGCUCACCACAGGUACCGCGGGCAUGAAGCGACGCUCGACAGCGCUUCAAGCGAAAUUCGUAGCGGAUGGCGUGGUAGACACGCUGCGGCGAUGCGGCGCCGGCGGCGUACACUUCGUGUGUUGCCUACUCACCAACCAGGCCGCCGACGUCGCCGAUGACGUCAAUGUACCCUUGUUGAGGUCACAGUUCCGCGGUUUUCAACUUCUUGAAGCUGCUAGACUGUACAAGCAAGGAUUCCCUGAGCAUAUGCCACUAUCCGAAUUUGCCAGAAGGUAUCGUCUACUGGCCACAUCAGAGAACGAAACCGCUGAGAACAACCAGCAGACAUCUUUAUCAGACCGCCAGAUCGUCGAUGACAUGCUCCUGGCGCUGGACCUUGACGUAACCAGUUACAGACUUGGGCUCACUCAGAUUAUGUUCCGCGGCGGCGUCGUGGGCGGGCUGGACGCGCGCCGCGACGCCGCGCUCGCCCGCGUGCUCGUGCGCUUGCAGGCGCGCGCACGCGGGCUGCUGGCCAGGCGGCGCGCUCAGCGACUACGCACGCAGCACACGGCGGCGAGAUGCGUGCAAAGGAACGUCCGCGCUUUCCUCGCGGUACGCGACUGGCCGUGGUGGCGGCUCCUUGUACGCGUCACGCCGCUGUUGGCUGUUCAUCGGACGGAGCAUCGCCUUAAACAAGCACAGGAGGAGUUGGAGUCACUUCGAACCAAACUGGAAAAGGUGGAGAGCGAACGAACACACUUCAAAAACGAAACUGAAAAAUUAGAAACUAAGCUAUCCGAAGUUGGCGGUGAGCUCGCUGAGGAAAGAGCCGCUGCAGCUCUCGCCACAGAACGCGCGGACGCUGAAGCUGCUGAAAGGCUGCGCGUCGAACGUGACAAUAGAGAUUUGCUUGCGAACAACCAGCGCUUGCAGCAAGCGUCAGAGCGUCUAGAAUUAGAGCUCCUUCACUGGCGGUCAGCAGACAGUGGUGGUGCUGAACCAUCGGACUCUGAGGGCUCGGAGGCCGAGGCUGGCGCCAACGCCGACAAAUACAAGCGACGAUAUGAGAGUGCCCACCGAGAGCUGCAACUCCUUAGAGCACAGCUCCGAAGGCAGCACGAGGACGACCUGGAACAACUCGUCACAGUCAAGAAACAGCUCGAGAAAAAGGUGCAAGAUGCAUAUGAGGAGGUGGAGGAACAGCGCGCUGUGGCCGCGCAAUGGAAACGCAAGCUCCAGAAGAUGACCAACGACAUGGCCGACCUGCGGUCCCUACUUGACGAACAGACAUGUCGCAACAACCUCCUGGAGAAGCGUCAGCGCAAGUUCGACGCUGAACUGCACGGCGCACAGGAAGAACUGAAACGCGAGCGAGCAGCCAAGGAGAGGCUGUCACGCGAGCGCGACCAGGCGCACGCCGAUAAAUACGUACUCGAGCAGAGCCUCUCUGAAGCUCGGCUAGAACUAGAGCUGAAGGAGGAGCGGCUGGCGGCGGCGACACGCGAGCUGGAAGAGCGCGGCGGCGGCGGCGUGGCCGGCGACGAGGCCGCCGCGCUGCGCCGCGCACGCGCAGACCUCGAGCGCCGCGUGCGCGACCAGGAGGAGGAGCUCGACGACCUCGCCGCCAGAUACAGCUUGCUGGAGAGCUCGAAAUUACGUCUCGAAAUGUUACUGGAACAACAACGCAAGGAAGCGCGGCUGGAGGCGGCCGCGCGCGAUGACGAGAUGGAGGAGACCAGAGCCAAUGCCACCAAGAAACUUAAAAUGCUGGAGAGCCAGCUGGAGAGCGAGCACGCGGAGCGGUCGCUGCUGCUGCGCGAGCGGCACGAGCUGGAGCGGCGCCUGGCCGCGCUCGAAGAGGCGGCGCGCGCCGACGCGCACGACCAGGCGCAGCUCGUGCAGCGGCUCAAGAGAGACUUAAAGAGAUACCGAGCAUUACUCCGCGACGCUCAGACAAUGCUUGAACAAAAGGAAAAGGAAGGUGGCGGAAAGGCGCAGAUCAGACAACUGAAAAAUCAAGUGGAGGACCUAGAGCUGGCAGUCCGCGCGGCGACCAAAGCGAAGCAGACAGCCGAAGCAGAAGCAGCGGAAACAAGUGCAGCGCUCGAGGAAGCCACACGGGCCCGCGCGGAAGCAGCCGACCGCGCGCUCGCCGCCGCCCGCGACGCGGCCGCGGCGCGCGCACAACUCGACGACACCGAGGAAGAGGCUGCAGAGCUGCUGAAGAAGUACCGGUCGAGCACGAGCGCGCUGUGCGCGGCGCAGGCGCAGGCCCGCGAGGCGGCGGCGCGCGCGGACGCGGCGGCCGACGAGGCGCGCCAGGCUCGCGAGCGGCUCGCCGAGCUGGCCGCGCGGCUCGCGCGCGCGGAGGCCGGCCACGAGCACGGCCACCACGAGGCCGAGCGCCGCCUCGAGUGCAGGAACAAGGAGCUGGAGUCGAGCCUGGAGCUGGAGGCGACGGCGCGCGCGCGCGUGGAGGGGCAGCUGGCGCGCCUGCGCGACGCGCACGACCAGCUGGCCGCCGAGCUGGCCGCCGCGCGCGCGCGCGACGCCGCCGCCGCCGACGACCUGCGCAAGCUCGCCAGGCAAUUCCGUGAACUGAAAGAAGAAAACUCAAAUCUGAACGUGAAACUGAGCGAAACGGCCCGCGCGAAGACCGCAGCGGAAGCGGCGGCGGCUGCGGCCGCGGCUGAAGCGACCGCGGCGCGGGACGAGGCUCGCCUGGCGGCGCGGCGAGCCACCGCUUUACAAGAAGCUAUCGCCGGCGACCUCUCCAGCCCCGGGGACUCCAGGGAUACUGAUAGCGAUAAUGACAGCUACAGUUCCGAUGAGUCAAUCGGAACCUUCUUGGCAAAUCACAAACUGAGCCCCUCGGCGCCCUCACGAAACAGUAUACAACUCGAUUUACAAAAAUCCCAGACGCCAGAAGGCAGACAGAGCCGUACAAGCAACAGUUCCAACUCCGGCACUAAACAACUGAGUCCCACCAAGGAGUCGUUCGCAUAACAGCCAGCCGCCGCUGCCGGGCUCCUCACGAGCGCACUGCCUGUCCUCUGCGCUGUGUUCUGCUCGCGGCAGCGUCACGACUCCGCGCACGUAGUCCUCGAGUGAGCUCCGAAAAAAAAUAAACGUCAGACUGACGGUGUCCAUGUGACAUCUGUCAGUCGGUGGCGCGAAAUUUAAAUUUCGAAUUUUAUGACGUCAAACCAUCGAAGUGAUUACGAUUGGAAUGCUUGAUAGGAUAGAAAUGGUAAAUGAAGUAAUUUAUCACCGAACAGCAAAGACUUCUUUAGAACAAUAUAGAAUAAAAAAUGACUCCUAAAAUUAGACUGCUCAAUAAUCUUAUCUACAUGCAUUAUUUAUAAUAGAUGCUACGGAUUUUAAUAUUUUCAAAUAUUUGAUAUUAUAAGCUUUUACAAUCACAAAAUGUACGUGUUGUCGAGUGUUAGUUAAGAACAGAUAUUCAUUAGUAGCCGAUUAUGUACUCAUACGAACAUUAUUAUAAUGUAAUAAAGAUAGAAUGCAUUCCAAAGUAUACACGAAUAACAUUCGGCUCGCGUGUUACCAGGCGCGCCAUUUAUAUACAAAUCAUUUGGAGGGUAUUUUCGCUAGAAAGCGUGUCCUAAUUUUCGUCACGUUCACUAGCACCAUUUAUUGUAGGCUUUGACAUUAAUUUAUUUAGAGUGUAGAAACGGUAGAAAGUUUUUGACGAGUUAGUUUUGUUGUACUGCGUACAGCGUGCCAGUCAGUAUUUCGACGGCCGAGGCGGACAUGACUUACAAAAUAAUAUUAGGUUCUUUGUUAUUUAGUUAGCUAACUUUUGUACAUAACUAGAUGGCAUAUACAGUUUAUUAUUUAAUUUGUAAUAUUUGUGUGAUCAGACUGUUAUACUAUGAUUUAUUUGUUACAAGUGAAUUGUUGCUUUAUAGUAGAUCAUCAUACAUAUCUGUUAGGUAAUAUUUUUUUAUUAAUUAAUAAUAUACCUUCGACUUUUGUUUAACUGUAACUUUACUGAACAUCAUUAUUGGAAUUGUAAUCUUUAUAAAAUAUAUUCCUUGUAAUUGUAACUCCAUUACUUAAAAAUCAUCAUUCAAUCUAUACUAUAUACAUAUAUAUGUGUCUGUAACCACAAGUAUAAAAUUUUACUAUGUGUAAUGUAUGAUAAUGUGAUGAAAUGUUACUGCAUACCUACUGGUUGUAAAAUGAAAUUAUUUAAUAAAGUAACAGAAAUGUA